AUGGUGCUCGGAACAUUGGUCUGGACUAAGGGGACUCCUGGGGAGACUCCCGGUGCUACUAAUAGCAAUAGUAGUGCGCUUAUUCUGCUGCGCAAUAACAUGCUUGGUGCCAAGUGCUUGGAUGGAAGCCCUCCAGGGUACUACUUCCGCCCCGGAACCGGUUCAGGGCGCCGCAAGUGGCACAUAUACCUACCGGGGGGCGGAUGGUGUGUCACGGUCGCGGAAUGUAUUGAGCGGGCAGGCACACACUUUGGGUCGACAAGAGGAUACCCUAAGCACCCCAGCGGCCCCGCGUGGUUUGGAGGUAUACUGAGCGCGAAUGAGACCGUGAACCCCAUCUUUCACAACUGGAACCUUGUGAGGCUCGUCUACUGUGACGGGGGGGGCUAUGCCGGCACGAGAGGGCGGAUCAAGCUCACGCGCAGCUUCUUUCAAUUGAACUCAACAGCCAUUUCUGCUAGAACAGUGAGGCUUGCCGCGGCAAAGAAUGCGAGCUUUGAUGCAGCCGGGUCAACAGAGUCAACUGAGUCAAGCAAGGCAACGUAUUCAACAGAGUCAAGCAAGUCAACGAAUUCAAGCAAGUCAACGAAUUCAAGCAAGUCAACAGAUUCAAGCAAGUCAACGGAUUCAAGCAAGUCAGCCAAGUCAAGGGAUUCAACUAAGUCAACGCAGACAACGGAGUCAAAACUCUCACUGCCUUCAGCCAUCUACCUGGACGGAUGGAACAUCAUUCAGGCUGUGCUGCAAGACCUCCAGCACCACCGUGGCUUUGGCACUGCCGCCCAGAUUUUGCUUUCGGGCAGCUCGGCUGGCGGGCAGGCAAUGGCAAACCUCUGUGACUGGCUGGCAUCUUCUUUCCCGUCAGCAUCCACCCGAUGCCUCGUGGACUCAGGCUUCUUCCUGGACACGAGGGAUCGCUUUGCAAGGCGCACCUUCCGUGCUGUGGCGCAGAAAUUGACCUGGCUGCAUCGUCCCUUCAACCCUACCUGCUCCCAUGCCGCCAGGCGAUCCGAGCAAUGGAAAUGCUUCUUCCUACAGCACACCCUUCUCGACAUUUCCACGCCAAUCUUCCUCUUCCAAACCCCCUUCGACUACGCGGCAGCCAUGAUUGGUGGAGGAGGGUCAACUCGUCGUGUUCAAAGGGGGAACGCCAAGCCUUUUUCUGGGCAGCUUGGACUCUUUACGAUCAAGUAA